UGUUACUUUCGGAUUCUUGUUUGCUUUCGUCGUGGAAUAGACAUUAUUAAUUCGCUGAGCUUAAGACAGGUUUAAAUACCAAAUUAUAGGCCUCACUCAGCUUAAUUUGGAACCUUGCAGUUAAUCAUCAAGUUUAGUUUUUAAUGAAUCAUGUGAUUUUGGCGCCAUUUUGCUGCAAAGGAUUCAUUCAUUGCCGCUUGUUGUGAAGGAGAAUUAAUAAGCUUAUUAGUCAAUUUAUAGAAGCUUUCCAUCAACUUAUAUCGUCACCUCAAGAAGGAUGGGCAUAUACGAGCCAUUCCAACAGGUUAGCAUGUGGGGAGAUACCUUUAAAGGUGAUAGUAUCCCGAAUGCUUCCACAAUUUUACAGGUGGACACUAGGCUGGAAAACAAGACUGAAUUUAUUUCUCAUGAUUCGAUGGGACCUUCUGGAAAUGAGCAAGAAGCAAACAAGCCUGGUGAUAAGGUACAGAGACGUCUAGCACAAAAUCGUGAAGCUGCUAGAAAAAGUCGCUUGCGGAAGAAGGCCUAUGUCCAACAGUUGGAAACAAGCCGUUUGAAGCUGGCUCAACUGGAGCAGGAGCUUGAGAGAGCUAGGAAGCAGGGUGUCUACAUAUGUCCACCGGAUACCAGUCAUGUAGGAUUCUCUGGAAAUGUAAACUCAGGCAUAGCAGCAUUUGAAAUGGAAUAUGCACACUGGGUCGAAGAACAAAAUAGACAGAUUUGUGAGCUUAGAAAUGCACUGCAAGCUCAUAUAACUGACGUAGAACUUAACAUACUUGUUGAGAAUGGCUACAGUCAUUAUUAUAAUCUUUUUCGCAUGAAGGCAGAUGCUGCAAAGGCUGAUGUCUUUUAUUUAAUAUCUGGAGUGUGGAGAACAUCAGCAGAGCGUUUCUUCCAUUGGAUGGGUGGAUUCCGCCCAUCAGAGCUUCUAAAUGUCCUCUUGCCACAGCUUGAACCAUUGACCGAUACCCAAAUUCAGAGUGUUCGUAACCUCAGACGGUCAUCGCAGCAAGCAGAAGAUGCUCUCUCACAGGGAAUGGAUAAACUGCAGCAGAGUCUGGCUCAGAACAUAGGAGCUGAAUCUGUAAAUUCAAGUAAUUAUGGGUCUCAUAUGAUUGCUGCAAUGGAGAAGUUGGAGGCCCUUGAGGGAUUUGUGAACCAGGCGGAUCACCUUAGGCAACAAACUCUGCAGCAAAUGUAUCGUAUCCUAACAAUCCGGCAAUCAGCUCGAGGCUUGCUUGGCUUGGGGGAGUACUUCCAUCGUCUCCGUGCUCUCAGUUCGCUUUGGUCUGCUCGUCCUCGUGAACCUGCAUAGCCUAGAAAGCACCUUUAGAAUCACUAUAUAUAUAUAGAUUGUAGUACUAGUCACCGCCCUUGUUCAGGACGCAGCUGCGAAGGAUAUGAAUCCUGUGCCUUCUGCUUCACAGCAGUUUUAUCUAGUUCGAUAAGGUGUAAAUAUAAAUCUCAAGGUUGUGUAUCAAGAAGAAACUUGGGAAAUUUUUAAGUUUCCCUAUAAAUUACAUUGCAUGUUGUAAGACUGUAUUGUGUAUAUUGUGGUAAAAGGUAAAUUUGAAGUAUUUAUUGUCUAAA